AUGUGUAGACCAACAAUUGGAAAAGAGAGUUUACAUGUAAAAACAAAUGAAAAUGGCCUGCUGUUAAUUAGUUUUGCGUUAAUGCAGAAUCUUAUGGUGAUCUCCACAUCUUUCUCCCACAAACAGGUCCAGAAACGCACCUGGAUUUUCCCAGAUGGUAGCACCGUCAAUCAGGUAGAUCAUCUGUUGAUAGGUGAGAGGCGCAAGAAGUGUGUGAUGGAUGUGAGAUCGUACAGAGGAGCAGAUGCACACACAGAUCACGUCCCAACCAUAGCCAGAUUACGGUUACAGCUGUGCUACAACAUGGCUAAGAGACUGUUUGAUAUUGAGAAGCUUAAGGAUCCAGAGAUAUGCCAGCAGUAUAACAUUAAAGUACGUAACAAAUUUGAAAUAUUGGCAUCAGACCACGCUGAUGAAGUAAGUGUUAACAAGCAAUGGGAAGAAAUAAGAACCUCUGUAACUGAAGCAGCUAAAGAAAUUCUAGGAGAGAAAAAAGCUAACAACAGAGAAGAAAUGGUUCAACGAGACAUGUGA